AUGAGUGUGACUAACCCUUACGACGAAAUCGUCACCAAAGCCACCAACGAGAACCUCACGUCGGAGAACUGGGAGUUGAAUCUGGAUGUAUGCGACAAGGUCUCGGGUGAAGGCGAAGUAGGAGCUCGAUCUUGUGUCCAAAGCAUCUCCAAACGACUUCAGCAUAGGUCUGCCCACGUUCAAAUCUACGCUCUGAUACUGUGCGAUGCUCUUUCUAAGAAUUGCGGUCCCGUCGCUCAGAAGGAACUGGAUUCUAGGACGUUUGCAGAAGCGCUGCGAAGGCUCAUUGUCGAUCGAAAUGCAAGCAUCGAGGUCAAGAAGAAAUCCUGGGCGCUCAUGAAGGAGUGGGUUGCCGAAAGCAACGCUGACACAGGCAGAGUCUUGAAGGAGACGCUUGACGGUCUCAGCGCGCAGAACAUCAAUUAUGAUGUGGAGCCGGAAGCAGUUCCAGAGCCUUCGUCCGAGCAGCUGCGUCAAGAAGAUGAAGAACUUCGCAGAGUACUCGAGCUCUCCAAAAGCGAUGUGGGCGGCCGCUACGGGGCCAAUGGCUGGUUCGAGAUGCCGGGUGAGACGUCUGGCGCCAGCGGAAGUGGAAGCACCAAUAGAGCGGGUAGCAGCAGAGCAGACCAGAGCGUUACUGCUGCAGCCGCUGGAGGUGCCGUCUCUAGUACUGCCGCGAGCACUCUGAGCAGCAGACCAAAUGAGCCUUCAAGAAUUCCGGCGACUACUGCAGAGAUCUCCCGACCUGAUGCCACUGGAUACAUUGCGAGACCGAGCGCAGCGGCAGCUCAGAAUGAUGUUCGACCGAUGAUCCAGCCUACGACAGCCGCCACGACAUCUGCACCGCCUUACGCUUCCCGACAGUCCACCAUCAUUCCGCCUGCGACGAGUGUGGCGGCGCAAAGUCAGGCUGCAACGCAGCAGGCCGCUUCGCGCCCGAACAUUGCGACGUCUCAUGUGGCCACUGCUGUCCCAGCAGCACCUCAAGUGCAGAACGCCGUUCCAGCAGCGAACACCACCGCUCCAGCUGCACCAGUAGCAGUAGCGUCGCCAGUAGCUAAGGACGCAGCAGCUACACCGAGCGCACCGUCCCGAGUCAGAGCCCUCUACGACUUUGCACCUACCGAGGCAGGCGAGUUGGCGUUCUCCAAAGGUGACAUCAUCCGAGUGCUGGACUCCGUCUACGAGCACUGGUGGCGCGGUGAGCUCAGAGGCAAUGCAGGUAUCUUCCCUGUGAACUAUGUUGAGGUCCUGCCGAACCCCACACCAGCUGAGCUUCAGCGUGAAGCGGAGCUCGAAGCGCGACUCUUUGCGCAGUCCGGCAGCAUCGACAAUCUCAUCACAAAGCUCAGCGAGCUGGACCCUGACCACGACAACCUGGCUGAGAACGAGGAGCUGCAGGAGUUGUACCAGACUGCGCUCUCACUGAGGCCAAAAAUCGUGAAGCUCAUCGAUAGAUACAGCGUAAAGCUUGCUGAGCUUCGAGCCAUGAACGAAAAGUUUACCAGAGCUCGUGGGACAUUCGACACUGCCAUGGAGCAAAGCUUAGCCAAGUACAACCCAGGCGCUCCCACAAGCACAUACACCGAAGUCAGACCAGAGUACUCUCAGCAGGUCCAGCGUCAACAGCAGCAACAGCAACAGGAUUACAGCCAACAAUGGGCUCAGUGGUACGCUGCUAAUGGCUAUACGCAGGCGCAGCAGCAACAGCAGCCGCACCCCAGCGAUCCAAAUUACGCCGCCUGGUACUAUGCCCAGCAACAGCAGCAGCAAUACGCCCACAUUCAACACGGCGUUUCGGCUCAAACAGGGCAGCACCAGCCGCACGCGCACAUUGCCGCAUCCACGACGGAAACGCAAGGUUCUGCACCAGUGAAUGCGCCUCAGUCGCAGCCGGUCACGUCACCACAACCUCAGCCUCAGCAAGUCGCAGGAGGCUCCUCGGCACCGCAACCUCCAACUCAGUCGCCGCUACCUCAGCCUCCAGCACAAACCUCAGAGGCACCACAUGACGACGAGAAAAAGCGACUAUUCGAGAGGGCCAGAGCUGAGGCUGAAGCGUAUCACCGGGCUGCGCAACAACAUUUGCAGUCGCAAGCACAGGACAGUGGCGCAGGACCUUCGGCUUGA